AUGUGGGGCAACAACACUGCAGAUAGGCAUCUGUCCCAAGCUGGACAAAGAAGACCUUCAGUAUUCCAGAGAGCAGGAUCCGUCUUCCAGGAUACCAUGCAGAACGUACGCAAAAAGGUUCGCCGAAGCAGCAUGUGGGACGUGUACGAAAAUGCAAAGAAACGACAACUCGAAAUCCGACGAAAGCGCUGGGUGCAACUCGUCUUUGAAUAUUCUUUUUAUUUCAUGCUGGUGGUUCUGGUCUAUUUUCUACUCAUCGGAGAGCCCCUCUGGAAGGGGACGUAUUUGAGCCUGUACUUGGCGUUCAAGUACAAGCUUAAUCUUAAUGGUUCUUGGUCGAUUAUCAUCGCAGUUGCCGUUGCCUACGCAUACUCUCCGCUCUUCGUUUUGUUCGAGCCCGACCCGCCGAUGCCUGAAGAGCCAAUCGACGCUACCAAAACUCCUAAUAUCGCCGACACUGCUCUGAUGAUCCCCUGCUACAAAGCUGCUACAUUGAUUGGUCCAACCUUGGAAGCUGCCACGAAAGUCUUUCCGCCAUCGCAAAUUUUCGUCGUUGCUAAUGGCAACAGUCCGGUCCCUCUAGAUAACACCGAAGAGAUUUGUACUCAAUACGGCGUCAACCAUAUCUGGAGUCCUGUCGGUAGCAAGAUUGUUGCACAAUUCGUUGGCUGCUAUGCUGCAAAGGAUUUCAAGAAUGUCUUGCUUAUCGACGACGACUGCGCUUUACCGCCCAACUUUCCCAUCGUCUCCGAUCGACUGAAGGGAAAAGUCAUGUGCAUGGGCUACACCAUCAAGUCCGUUGGUCCCAACUCUUCAAAAGGAACGCUCUGCCAGCAAGCACAAGAUCUGGAAUAUAAAAUUUCUGGCAUCCAACGCGCACUUGCUGGCAAGAUUGGCAGUGCGACCUUCCCACAUGGUGCCAUUUCUCUAUGGGACAGAGACUUCCUUAUCAAGACUUUCAACAAGCAUCCUGGAUUCAGCGUGUCUGAGGACUGGUUCUUCGGGCAUGUUGCUCGUCAACUUGGAUGUCGCACUCAGAUGGCAACCUCUGUCUUUAUCGAAACCGAGACUCCUGACGCCGUCUUCUUCAGCUCUGGCGGCGAAAGGGGUGGCUUUGGUGAAAUGACUGUCUUCAAGCAACGCUUUCUCCGCUGGAACUUCUUCUUCGUCAAUGGAAUGUACUACAAUCUGCAUUACAUUCUGUUUUCGUGGGAGCUGGGUUGGUGGGAACUCGGCACCAAGUUGUUUGUCUUCCAGGAGAUUUACGAGACGCUGCUAUAUCUCGCUACACCCAUCGUCGUCCCUGUCUCUCUCGCCAUCCGCCCACAAUUCUUCUUCGAGCUCAUGGCACUUACCUUUGUCCUCUACAUGGGCAACGCUAUCAUCUUCAACGAGAUUCACCUUCGACGCAAGAAUGAGAAGGUGCCGCAGAAGUGUGUUUGGCUGUACUAUAUGCCCUACAAGCUCGUCUUGACUUUCGUCAAUGUCGCAAGUUGCUACUAUGCCAUCUACAAGUACGCGACUUACUUCGCAACUCGCCAUGCCAAGAUCAUUGAAGAUGACAAGGCUAUCAAUGUUGUUUUGCAGCUCGAGGAAGAG